AUGGCUGGCGAUGGUGCUCUAGCAGGCAUCUUUACCUACGUCGGUUGGGCGUUUCUCCCAAGUCUGGCAACAUCUCUCCUCCAGGGGCUAUUCUAUAGCCUCACAACUCGCGCCGGCUCUCCAAGACCUCAACAGGGGCAGCCUCUGUAUGCGUAUCAUCGCCGCCGCAUUCACAUCUUCGUGCUCAGCCUCUACCUGCUUUAUACACUCGUUCAAACCCUCUACGACAUCCGUAUUGCAGGAGACUUCUACACGGCACUCGGCGUCAACCCUACCUCCCCGGACCGCGAGAUCAAGGCCAAGUUUCGCCGCCUAGCUGCUCGCUUUCAUCCUGACAAAGUUCGCACCAGUAACGAUGGGACCCCGAGCACGGAUGCUGAAGCGGCAUUUGUUCAUCUCAAGCUAGCACACGACACAUUGCUUGAUCCUGCAAAGCGCUUCGCGUAUGACAGAUUUGGACCAGGCAUCGUCCGAGUGCAGCGGCCAGGGCUGAAGACUAUCAGGGACUACGUGUACGCAGGUUUACGUUCUCUCGCCCCGGAAUACGCCAAAGGGGCGUUGAUGCUUGUUGUGCUGAACUACUUCUGGCUUCCAAAAUGGGGACAAUUCUGGCGCUAUCUGGCCAUCUCGGGUCUUGCCUUUCUGGAGCUGUAUUUCCUGACGCAUGAUUGGACGGCCCCGGAGUCUGCUUUUUAUGUUACAACUUUGGCGCAUUGGGUGAUUCCAGGAGUGCUUCCUCCACAUCUUCUCCCUUUCCAAAUCCUUGCUCUAGCUCGUCGCAUGUCAAUUUCCCUGAACAUCUUUAUAUCCCAGCUCGCGCCGCAUGCUGCAAGGAGUAGCGUCGAACAGGAUCAACAGCUGCAGGCGCAGAUAUUGCACCUGAACCAAACGGCGGGAAGACUCGACGCGGAGGCCUCCGGGGUGCUUGGGCUUGGGCUUGCGCCGUUCAAAGGAGAAAAGGAGCAUAUCGAGGCGCUGAAGAAGGGGAUGAAGGAAGGAAUGGUCACAAGUGCCAUACGGAGCACUCCGGAAGUCAGGGAAGCGGUGGCGAAAGUGCUGGCAAGACGUGAGAAGGAGAUUAGAGGGAGUGCUAGAGUGGACGGUAUCGACAAAGUCAACUAG